UGUUUUUCAUUUUCUCCUUUCAGAUCGUUUUUAUCUAAAGGGGUGGAUAUCUGUUCUUGACGAGCACGGAAAGUGGAGGAAACACUGGUUUGUCUUAGGGAAAUCUUCAGUGAGAUACUACAGAGACUCUGAAGCUGAGGAGUCUGAUGAUCCAGAGGGAGAGAUCGACUUGAGGUCCUGCUUGGAUGUGUCAGACUGCGACGUGGAGAAAAACUAUGGCUUCCAGUUGCAAACAAAGAGAGCAGUGUUCACUCUCUCUGCCAUGACCUCUAGGAUACGACGGAACUGGGUUAAGUUACUAAAGCAGGCCAUCCAGAACAAAUCACACCAAUCAGAGUCCGGCAGCGAGAAAGAGAACCCCCUCUCGCAGCGACGGUCGUCAUGCCAACCCUCCGCUCAGUUCGCGGGGAAGGAGUCCAGACGUGAACCUGCUGCCGUGCACUCCCACCAGGAGCUGUCCCAAAGAGAAGAGGGCGAGGGCUGGGAUCGGGAACAAGCCAAACGAUUGGAGGAGAGGAACAGGUGGUUUGAGGAGGGACUUUCCUUUAAUGAAAUGUGCAGCAGGUGGGACUCCAUGGAGCUGAAAAAGGGGAGUGUACCUAUACCUGUAAUUGACACCAUUGACACAGAGGUCAACAGGAAAUGGUCAGAAUUUGAAAGGCUAUCAUUUCGGGACAUGACUGCACAGUCUCUUAUUGGAAAUGGGACCUCGAACUCACAGCAAUCACCCGACUGUCCCAGUGACCCCCGGACUCUUCAGUUUACCCAUGAAGAGCGUGUUGAAACUUUCUCUGCUGCAGAAACAACAAAUAACUACAUUUCAAACACCUUUUCGGUGACAAACGGGGCUCAAAACAGUCAGACGAGCACAACAGACGCCCUGCAAAAGGAGGCCAUCUCUCUUCGAAAGCAGGUGGAAAGUGUUAAAAAGGAGCAUGUGACUUUGGGAGUAGAAGUAGACAGUCCUUGUGGCCCCGGAGCCCCUUGUAGAGCCAAACUGGAAGCCAUGUUAACGGCUCAUCAGAGGGAAUUACAAGAGCUGCAAGAGAGACAUGACGAGGAAAUCAGAGAGCUGAAGGAGCAGAGGGACAGAAUGCUUCAAGAAGAAAGUCACGCAGCUGCUAAAGCUAUGGAGAAAUUAAAAGCAACACACUUAGAAGAAAUGGAGCGAGAGCUGAAAAAGGCCCAGGGCUCAGGAACAGCAGCUCUGGAGUCAAUGCAGAAAGUGUCACAAGUCUAUGCAUUACACAGCGAGUUGGAUGCACUCUCUGGGGACUAUUCCCAAAAGUGCCUGGAGCUGAACCACUCUGAGAUCAAUGGCAAAAGCAGAGAGACUGAACUGAGGCGCAAAGAGAGGGAGCUCGAGCAACUGAGGAGAGAGAAUCAGGAGUUAAAAGCCAGACUGGCCGAAGAGAUCAGCCGGAUGCGUUGUUUCAUUACAGGCCAGAAUUCAGAGAAGUCAGACGGCAGCAGUGGUGAAAAAUGUCCACAAAUAGAGAUUGCUCUAAAAGCUAAAGAAAAUGAAGUGCUGUGUCUCCGAAAAGAGAUCAGCUGCCUGCAAAGUGAAGUCCAAUCUCUUACAAAGGAAAAAGAGGAAGCUUACGAGCGCUACAAGAGCCUCUACGCACAGCUGACUGACACACAGGGACGCAGCCAACUGGAGAAGAACUCUCUCACGACACAACUACGACUCGCAAACGCCGCACUGCAGGAGGAACAAAAAAACUAAAAUGUGUUUCCCCAUCACGAG